AAAAAAUUUAAAUAGCGGGAUAUGGCAGAUAACAAGAAGUUCGUAGCCCUCAGAAACAAAUUGAGCUGCUUACAUUAUUCACAACCGCUUUCAAAGGAAAGCUGCCCUCUCAUAGAGAAAAUGCUGGGAGACCUCCUUGCAACUACAGAGCUCUACCAGAGAACGAAGGUACAGCUUGAAUCUGCGGAAUCUCAAAUUCGAAAGGAACAGAUUGCCUUGAUCCCUCUUAAAAAGGACAAUGCUCGAAUAGUCAAGGAAAAUAACGCUCUGCAUAAGGAAAUGAUUCAAGUGAAAGAAAAUCUCUCCCAAAAUGAUAAUAAUUGGCAAAGACAGUUCAAACAACUUGAGUCUGAAUAUAAUGACAUCAAGCAAGCUUCGCUUGCCAAAAAUUUUGAGAUAAACAGCCUCAAGAAACGCAACCUCAAGCUGGAGGAGAGACUUGAUAAUGUAAUGUCGAAAGCUUAUAAACCAAAUGUAAAACAAGUUGUUUCAGCUUUUGUCCAGCCCGAAGAUGGAGAUGAUAUAGGCACAAAACAAAACAUGGAGCUCACCUACAUGCUCGAAAGACAGACAAAUAGAGAGAUUGAGACCGCUGAAGAAGAGAACCUCAUCAACCAAAUCUGUGAAGCUGACGAAAGAGUCCAGAUUAUGACGAAAGAGCUUGAGGCUUACAAACAGUUUAAGGACGACACUGAAAGCAGGAUAAAAGAUCUUGAAAGCAUGAUUAUCCAAAGAGAUAGGGAGAUCUCUCGUCUCAACAACCUCUACACUGGUGAAGAGACUGUUACUCAGACUGCCUUCUAUGAGAAAGACAACAAAGAAACCAUCGCUAAACUUAAUGGCCAGCUUGACUAUAUUAAUAAAGAAAACAGGAGACUUCAAAGCAUCAUCGACGGUCUCAAGGCUAGAAACAAAAGCUCUACAGGCAUGUACAAGGAGAAUAUCAAGGUUGUCAAUAGGAUUGAGAAGCUCAAAGAAACUAAUGAUGAUCUCAGAAGAAUGAACGAGACUUGUGAAAACACCAUUUCUACACUAAAAGAAAGGGAAGGUGAACUUACCUCUACCUUAUCUUUCAACUAUGUUGAUAAGAACAAAUACCUCGACGCGAUCCAGACAAUCGACCUGCAGCAACAAGAAAACGAAAAACUGAAGAAGCUCGUCGAAGCCCUCGAAAACCAGAAGAAACUUGAAACUCUUCACAAACUCCAGAGAUCAUUGAGUGCAUCUUAGAAGAGUCAAGGCUGGGUAGU